AUUGUGUCAAUACAAAGAGAUAAGACAUCCGCCUGACAUCUCGUAACUUGAAAACUGUGUAAUUCUCAAAGAACACGUUCAUUAAGAAAAAUGAGGACCAUAUGGUCAGUUUCGCCAUGUUGUGUUUUAUUUUUAUUUAUACAUGUUGAAGCGGUAUUAGAUGGGGAUGUUCAAUCUUUGCUCGCCAGGCUUUCUGUGCUCGAAGAAAAACAAGCAUUUUUCGACAAACGAAUUGCUGCGCUUGAAACGGAAAAUAAGUUAUCAAAGAAAAGAAUCGCGGGCUUAGAACAAUACAAGACAUUGUCUGACAGAAGAGUCGCUGCACUUGAACGAAAAUUUGCGUUUUGUAACAGAAGAAAGUAUGCAUUAGCAAAACACGUCGCGAUUGAAGCAGACAAGAUACUUCCUGAAAAAAACGUCACAACGAAUGCAUUCGACACGAGUGUGUCUGACAAGGAAGUCGUCAUUCUGGAAAAGGACAAAAUUCUGGUUGAAAGAACAAUCGCCCCUCUUGAGAUCGAUAUUGCGGUAUUUUCUAAAAGGAGUGCUAAAAAUGAUAGACACACUGCUGCAGUUGAAAUAACAAAUCAGCCAUUUUCUGGACUGCAGUCUGACAACAUAAUAUUUGUUGGGAGUGUAGCAUUUUCUGCAAUGAAAGCAGCUCACCAAAACCAUAUCGGCCUAAAUCAAAACAUACUAUUUGACCAGGUCCUUACGAAUGAAGGAGAUGGGUACCGUCAAAAUAACGGUGUCUUCACCGCUCCGCAAGCUGGCGUUUACGUGUUCUCAUCGACGAUUUUGACUUUAUUGAAUCGGGAGUUGCAUGCUGUCAUAGUUCAUAACGGAAACGUCGUCACGCGCAUUACCAGUCACGGAGACAGUGGAAGACACGAUCAAGGCAGUCAGACGGUUGUCAUAAAGAUGAAUGCUGGGGAUGAAGUCGCUGUUCAAAAUUCUGAAUAUCCAGAUGAAAGUGUAUAUGGCGCGAUGUAUUCGUCAUUUAGUGGCUAUUUAAUAUAGAUAUAAUAAUUAAGUGUUGUCAGACUAUAACAACUGUAUAAAUAUUAAUUUACAGAUGAAAAUAAACUGUUAUGAAAAUGAA